AGAGCAGAUACACACAUGGCAUCCUCUGCCAACACUUUCCCCUCCCCACCCACACAUCUCCCGGCGGCGGCUACCGGCCUUGUCCCCUAAACCAGUUCGGCUCCAGAUGCUACGUUCUAGACGAUGAUGGAAGGUCAAAUAUUUUCUGGAAUCGGAUUGGGAGAAGCAAGAGAAAGGUGCCAAUUUCGUUCUGUCUUCGGAUUCGAACAAGAAACGGAUCAAUUUCGAUGUGUAUUAGAAAAAGGAGUUGUUUUUAUAUGUCUGCCUCUCGUGAGAUAAUAGUAAAUCGGUCGGUUUACGGAUUCUGUACCGGCUUGAAGAAGAUUCGGAAACCUCAUCCGUCUCUGUCUUGGGAGUAGGGAGUGGGAUCAGAGUUCUUUUACUAGUAGGAUUGGAGGAGUCUAUAACAAGUUCAGGCUGGGCGUUGACUAUUCUUUCCAGAUCAUCGUUUCAAUACUUACUUUGCUUAUUGCAUCGCCAUGGAGCUUAAUAGGGGUCGCUGCGUCCGACGUGAUUCGAAAAGAGAAGCUAGUACCGGGGGCUCCCUAAGCGAGCUGCUUGAUGAAGUACAAGCUUGUAAUGGGGACAGGCUAAGCGAGCUGCCUGCUGACCUGCUGCUCAACAUUCUGGAGAGGGUGGGUACGCUUGAUGCAGUAAAAACUUGCAUACUUUCGAGGAAAAUGCAGAAGCUGCCCACUAUGCUCUCACAGAUCGUCAUUGAUCUCAGCUCUCACGAUCUAGUUCAAAUGAAUGGUGUUGUGGCUGAUGUGACAGACAAGAUCCUUCGUACGAGGUCUCCGCAGAUCACCAUUCACAAGCUGAAGCUCAAAUUUUUCCUGAGCCCUUCUCGCUGUCUCUCUAUCGGCAAAUCUGUUGGCGCAGCCAUGGUGACGCAGAAAUUGGAUGCAGCCGAGUUUGAGAUCUUGUCGCCAAGGGAUCUCCAUCUUUGCACUGAUGCCUAUCGCGUGCUCUUUGCUAAGCAGUUCAAUAAUUUUGUUCGUGAUUGUCCAGAUGCAUUUGCUGGUCUCACACGGCUGCAUUUACGGAAUAUGAGAUUUGGUAAAUCAGACAUACCCAUCAUCCUAAGCUAUUGCAAGGUGCUGGAGUCACUAUCUUUCUUAAUGUGUGACGCGGGGAUCCGUUCGGUUCUACAUGUAGAACAUGCUCGACUCGUCGAGCUUGUUAUCUCCUAUGGAAAAUUCAAAACAGUGGAGCUCAAUCGCCUACCAAAGCUCAAACGGAUGACCUACAAUAAUUGGCCCUAUGAUGAAAAUCCAUUGGUUCUUGGUGUUCUCCCUCAGCUUUCAAACCUCAGUCUUGGUGAUGCAUGUCUUUCUCAGAAGACCCUCAAGCUAAGCCAGCUGCUUGCUACUGUCCCUUCUGUUAGUGAUCUGUCUCUGGAAUUUCGAAGUGAAAAGGUUUGGAUUCAACCAGAAUGCCCCAAAGCGCUUGCUCCUGUGCUUGCUAAGUUACGGUUUAUUAAUCUGGAUAAUCUUCCUGAAGAAUGUGAUAUCUCUUGGACAAUGUUCCUUCUUGAAGCUGCACCAUCUGUAGAGGACCUUUCCAUCACAGUAUGGGAUCAUAAGUGCCGACAGGAGUCACAAAAUAGUUACUCAACGAAAACAGAUGUGAAGUGGGAACCAUCUAAUCCAAAUUUUAAGCACAAGAAUCUGGCGACGCUAACUAUCUACGGCUUCCAGUCCGAUGACAAUUUCAUGGGAUAUGUCAGGCGUGUCAUGGAAGCUGCGGUGAACAUCAAGAAGGUGUCUCUGCAUGACAGGAAGGUGUGCACGCUUUGCACUGACAAGUUUCCCCAUGCUGACGCUCGUCCUUCAAGCUAUCCUCAAACCAGCGUGCAGAAGGAUUCAUUGAGGAAGAUCACAGAGGCAUCCUCGGAGGCUUCUCGGGCUGUGAUUCAGUUCAGCUCGUAAGGUCAAAGUCUUCAUAAAUCAAUAAGUCAUUCAUGGCAUCGCCAUGAUCUAUCCUCUAGGAAGGAGUUCCCGAACUCCAAAAUCCGUUGGUAGUCGUCAGCGCCAUUGCUUUUCUGCUGAACCCGAGCCUGUGUCGUAGCCUAAUUGGCUACAUAUGUAUUUGUUGGAACAUCUCAUUUAUAAUCAAAAUAAGCACGACUACCCGUGCUCAUGUGCCUUGUUGUAAGUGCUCA